UGCUCUUUCAGAGGAAAAAUCUCUCUGUGGACAUUCAGCCUGAUUUCUCAGUAACAGAGAAGGAGGCACAGCCGGAGAGCAGACAGCAUCUUCUGCCAAGGGGGAACACGCCAGGCAGUGAAGGAGAUGCCAGUUUGCAGGGAGCUGGAAUGAUGCCAGUAGCAAGGACUCCGCCAUCUUCCCUUCCCUCGGAUGGAGAGGAACCCCAUCAGGCUUCUGUGACCUUUGAAAAGGUGGCCGUGUGUUUCACCCAGGAAGAGUGGGCACUGCUGGAUCCUGACCAGAGGGCCCUACAGAGGGAAGUCAUGGAGGAGAAUUCUAGGAUGGUGACAUCUCUGGAUAAUUUGAAGAAAACAGCCAUAUGUGCAAAGAGCAGCAAGUGCUUUGUGCAGAAAAUGGAUCUUGUCAGACACUGGCAAACACACACAAAUGUUAAAAGAAUUACUGGAGGGAAACCCUACAAAUGCAUCCUGUGUGGGAAAUAUUUUGCCCAAAAGAUGACCCUGAUCCUUCACAAGAGGACCCACAUUGCAAAGAAAAGUGUCAGGGAGAAGCCACACAAAUGCCAGGAGUGUGAGAAAUGUCUUCCUCAAAAGACAGACUUGAAAAAGCAUGAGACUCGGCACAGCGGAGAGAAACCAUACCAAUCUGAGGAGUGCGGGAAAGGUUUUACCUGGAAUCCAAACGUUAUGAAGCAUCAGAGAGUUCAUACAAGAGAGAAACCGUACAAAUGCCUGAAGUGUAGCAAACAUUUUUCUUGCAGUACAACCCUUUUGAGCCAUCAGAGAGUCCACAGAGGAGAAAAACGAUACAAAUGUCAAGAAUGUGGGAAAUGUUUUUCUCAAAAUUCGCACCUUGUGGUGCACAAGAGAGUCCAUAGAGGAGAGAAACCCCACAAAUGCAAGGAGUGUGAUAAAUGUUUUGCUCAAAGUUCACUGCUUGUAAAUCAUAAGAGAGUCCACGCAGGAGAACAUGCAUACAAAUGCCAGGAGUGUAAGCAAUGUUUUCCUCAGAAGACAAAGUUCGUGAAGCAUCAGACUCAGCACACAGGAGAGAGACCGUACCAAUGUCAGGAGUGUGGGAAAGGCUUUACCUCGAAUUCAAACCUUGUGAAUCAUCAGAGAGUCCACACAGGAGAGAAACCGUACAAAUGUCAGGAGUGUGAGAAGUGUUUUUCUCAUAAAUCAAACCUUCGGAGGCACAAAAGAGUUCAUACAGGUGAGAAACCGUUCAAAUGUCAGGAGUGUGAGAA